UUACAGCAUACCGGCAGUUCACUGUACAUGUGAUAGUUUUCGUCGCUUUUCUGUCGUUGGAAAAAAAGUUGCCAUGCCCUCCUUUGUUCUAAAGACGAACCUGGCUCGCAGUGCCAUCCCCAAGGACUUUCUGACGGAGACGUCUAAGCUAGUGGCCGAUAUCUUGGGUAAACCCGAGGGGUAUGUCUGUGUGUGUGUAGAAGCUGACGUCCUGAUGACCUAUGGUGGUUCAGACGCGCCCUGCUGCCUCAUCGACCUCAUGAGCAUCGGGAAACUCGGCCUGGAGGAGAACAAGACUCACACCGCAGCCAUCUGUGAACACGUCAAGAAACACCUGGGCAUACCUGGAGACAGGCUGUACGUUAACUUCCACGACGCUGCGAGGCAGGAUGUCGGCAGGGACGGAACGACCUUCGCACGCUGAAGGUCACACCACAGUUUCUGACAUGUGCAGAGAUUCGCACCAGCCAAACUUGGGGAUACAUGUACAUGUACAUGUACUAC